ACUCAGCAAGCCACUUUUCCACGUCUGUCCUGCUAGAAAGCACCAGGAAGAGCUGCACAGGGCAGACAUGGAUGAGGACAAGAGCAAGAGAGACUCCAUCCAGAUGAGUAUGAAAGGAUGCCGGACGAAUAAUGGGUUUGUCCAAAAUGAGGACAUCCUGGAGCAGGACCCAGACCCAGGCUCCGGGGACACCUCACAGCCCAACUCCAUUAGUUUCCCUGCUCCGGAGGAGCCCCACCAGGAGGCCGUGCGGCCCUAUGCAGGGAUGCCCAAGGAGGUGCUGUUCCAGUUCUCCGGCCAGGCUCGCUACCGGGUGCCCCGGGAAAUCCUCUUCUGGCUCACCGUGGUUUCUGUGUUCCUGCUCAUUGGAGCCACCAUAGCCAUCAUCGCCAUCUCUCCAAAAUGCCUUGACUGGUGGCAGGCAGGUCCCAUGUACCAGAUCUACCCGAGGUCUUUUAAGGACAGCGAUAAGGAUGGGAAUGGAGACCUAAAAGGUAUCCAAGAGAAGCUGGAUUAUAUCAGUGCUUUAAACAUAAAGACUAUUUGGAUCACUUCCUUUUACAAAUCAUCUUUGAAAGAUUUCAGAUAUGCUGUUGAGGAUUUCCAAGAAAUUGACCCUAUUUUUGGAACAAUGAAAGAUUUUGAGAAUUUGGUUGCGGCCAUACAUGACAAAGGUUUAAAAUUAAUAAUUGAUUUCAUACCAAACCACACUAGUGACAAACAUCCUUGGUUUCAAUCGAGUAGAACACGGAGCGGGAAGUACACUGAUUAUUACAUCUGGCACAACUGCACUCGUGACAAUGGUGUAACCAUUUCUCCCAACAAUUGGCUGAGUGUGUACGGAAACUCCAGUUGGCACUUUGACGAAGUACGAAAGCAGUGUUAUUUUCACCAGUUUUUGAAAGAGCAACCAGAUUUAAAUUUCCGAAAUCCUGCUGUUCAAGAAGAAAUAAAGGAAAUAAUACAGUUCUGGCUUGCGAAGGGUGUUGACGGCUUCAGUUUCAAUGCAGUGAAAUUUCUUUUGGAAGCGAAGGACCUGAGAAACGAAAUCCAAGUAAACACAUCCCAAAUUCCGGACACGGUCACCCACUACUCGGAGCUUUACCACGACUUCACCAUUACUCAAGUGGGAAUGCAUGACAUUGUUCGGGACUUCCGGCAGACCAUGAACCAGUACAGCAGAGAGCCUGGCAGAUACCGGUUCAUGGGGACGGAAGCCUCAGCCGAGAGCAUCGAGAGAACCAUGAUGUACUACGGCUUGCCAUUCGUCCAGGAAGCGGAUUUUCCUUUCAACAGUUACUUCACCACACUAAACACCCUCUCUGGGCACACUGUAUAUGAAGGUAUCGCAUCCUGGAUGAAAAACAUGCCAGAAGGAAAAUGGCCCAAUUGGAUGACUGGCGGGCCAGAGAGUCCCCGGCUGACUUCUCGCCUGGGGAACCGGUAUGCCAACACCAUGAACAUGCUUCUGUUCACGCUCCCGGGAACACCCAUAACUUACUAUGGAGAAGAAAUAGGGAUGGGAGAUAUUUUCAUCACGAAUUUCAAUGAAAGCUAUGAUAUUAAUACUCUUCUCUCAAAGUCACCAAUGCAAUGGGACAAUAGUUCAAAUGCUGGGUUUACUGAAGGCAACUAUACCUGGCUACCCACAAAUUCUGAUUACCAUACUGUGAAUGUGGAUGUCCAAAAGACCCAGCCAGGCUCAGUGCUGAAGCUGUAUCAGGAUUUGAGUCAACUCCACGCCAAAGAGCUUCUUCUCAGCAGGGGCUGGUUUUGCCUUUUGAGGGAUCACAGUCACUCUGUCGUAUACACAAGAGAACUGGACGGCAUAGAUAAAGUCUUCAUUGUGGUUCUGAAUUUUGGAGAAUCAUCAACUGUGCUAAAUCUACAGGAAAUCAUUUCAGAGCUCCCUACAAAACUGAGAAUAAGAUUAAGUACCAGUGGAGCCUCCAGAGGCAGUGAUGUUGAUACCCGUGCCAUUUCUCUGGAGAAGGGAGAGGGGCUCAUCUUGGAACACAGCAUGCAGACUCUCUUCCAUCGUCAAGAAGCUUUUAGAGACAAAUGCUUUGUGUCCAGCCACGCAUGCUACUCCAGCGUGCUGGGCAUUCUGUAUAGUCUGUGCUAGGAAGCUGCAGGAAGAGAUGGCCACCCUGUAUCCAGCAUGUUUUGACACACAGUACGCUUCUGAGUAAGCCUCGUGGAUGGCGUCAAUUUGUAGAUAUUUCCACAGCACUGUUGCACUAAUGCAACUGUUCUGGGGGGAGUUUCUCAAAUUUUCAAAGAACAAUAAAGUAUUUAAAAGAUUAUUCCAGAA